AUGGUCAGUGGAGUCUCUCUUUGUGCUGUGCUGGUGUUUGGGAAUAACCAGCUGCAUCUGCCUGUGUGGAGCUUCACCCUGCUGCUGGUCAUCUUCAGUCUGGUCUUCCUGCUCAGUCUGGCUCUCAUCUGGGUCCAUGAACAGCAGCCCAAUCACAAAACUUUUCAGGUCCCUCUGGUGCCAUUUGUUCCUGGCUUCAGCAUCCUUCUGAAUGUAUUUCUCAUGUUGAAGUUAAGUCCACUCACCUGGAUCCGUUUCACCGUAUGGGUCGCAGCAGGUCUUCUGGUGUAUUUCGGUUAUGGUAUCUGGCACAGUAAGGAGGGUUUGCGGGAGCAGCAGGGGCAGGACGUGGCAGCGCGGUACGUGGUCCUUCCCAGCGGCAGCCUGGUGGAGACAGUCCAGAACGUCCAGCCUGAAGGACACACUCACGGCACACACACACCAACCCACGACAAUCCACCUGCCAGCAGAUGAUCUGAUCAGGCUGAGGUGUGUUUACAGUACACCUGCAUGCCUGCCUCUUCUGUUACACAUGAUUGUCUUUCUCUUCAGCUUACUGACAACAUGUCAAGAUAUACAGUUCAUCAAAAAGAUGGUUUGAAGGAAUAUUCCAGGUUCAGUAACUUUCGUCAAAUAAUGUUGGUUACCACAAAAAAUUAUUUGGACUUCCCCCAUUUCCUUUAAAAAAACAAUUGGCAAUAGAAGUUAAUGGGGACAAUUUGGGGUAUUACUUGAGCUGAAAAACUGUUUAACAUUGCAAUGUCAUUGCAACAAAGUUGUAAAAUUGUAUAUACCUUUACAAAGAAAAGCUUUAUUGUUUACAUCUCGUGACUAUAAUGUUGAAGUGAUGAGGAUUUUAAUAUUUACCGAUUGGCACAAUUCACUUACUUCAAAAAAUCUGGAUUACAGUGAGACACUUUUAAAGAAAAUAAAUUAGGUGGAUAUUAAUUUGUGGUAAUCAACAUUAUGGCACACAUGCUGUUAAUUGGUCUUAACCUGUACUGACCCCAACAUAUUUCUUUAAAGACAUUGUAUUGUAUUUAAGCAACCAGUGACAACUUCACCAUCCUAAUCAACUACUGCCAUUUAUUUUCUUUCUUACGCACACACACACGCACGCACGCACAUUCUUUGCUGGCCAUAAUUUAAUUUAACAGCAGGCAGGAACCAUCAAUGGAUCAUAUGAAUAUACUUAAACAUUACUAUAUUUACACACCCAUUAUAUUUGCAGUCUGGGUCACAAACACAGACUCCUUAAACACACACUAACCUCACUGGCUCUGUUUCCACCAUCUUUCUACAUGUUUUGUUUUCCGCUACUUCUCUGAACCUUCUAAAUAUUUAUUUUUAUAAUACAGUAUAACUGUUUAUUUAUUUAUUUUUCAGUAUAUACUCGAACAAAGAUCAUGUUUUAAUAAUGUUAACUAUUCAUGGUGAUUUCUUUUUCCGUUUUUCAUGUGUGUUUGUAUGAUAAGCUCAGUAUGAACUGCCUCUGAGUGUCCACUGCCACACCUCACUAAAUAACACUAACCCCAGUGUUCACUAAUCCUUAUUCCCACACUCAGAUCUGCACAUCUCAUGUGACAUUCACACACUAAACCGCCCUCAUUCUCACACAUACUCACUCGGUGUAGUGUGACAGAGAUGGAAUUGUUACCUGUGAAACUGGCAGCUGGGUCAGUGACAUUUAUUUUGUUUUUGUCCAGAUCUAUAAAUUUAUUAAAUAUGCAAUUCAUACAUAUAGUGACUUAAAUACACCUGUUAUGAAUUAUUGAAAUUGAUAUUAUGAAUAUUAAAAAAAAAAAAAAAAAUCCUGCUAAGCUGAGAGAGGUUAUUAUUAAAAAAGAAAUGCUAUUUAUUCUAUUAUUUCUUAGAAAAAAAGGCAGUGAAGUGGCUUUGUUAAAAUACUGUACUAUUUAAAAGAGGACACUUUUAAGAACAUGAAAUCAAUUUUAAAUCCGAUGUUUAAAAAAUGUCCUUUUCUUUAUUUUGAACACUCUUAUUUGUCAUUGUCCCAGCUCCACGUGUAUUAGAAAUUGGGCUUUAGAAUUUGUUGACCUUAAAGAUCAACUCAUUUUAUGUUGAUAGAAUAGUCACAAUUAUAAUGGCAAACACACACACACACACACAGUCUUGAGCAUUUCUGGCGCCCUGAUCACCAUUGUGCCCUUCUGAGCUCCUCAGUUUGUGUUGCUGCAAGUGCACUGUCGCUGUUAGUAUUUAGGUUAAAUUUGCUUUGUAUUAAAUGGAAGUAUAAAUUAUUAUUAGUCAUUAACUUACAUGUUCCUAUCCAACUAGAAUAUUGACAAAAGCACAGAAGAAAUCCUUUUCUUAGUGCAAGGACAACAGAAGAGUGUGUUUUAUACGUAGUGGAUACUGUUUGGACAGCAGAUAUUGGAAAAUACGCCACACAAAAGCAAAGAUAGGAUAUUCCCCUUCACAAACCCCUGUAAUCCCCCAGAUUAACAGCAUCCCCUCCCUCACAGACUGACCCAGAUUAUCUCUGAAGAGAGAGUAUUAUUGUCACUCGGAUAGCACUACACACAUUCACAAACAUGAUUAAUGUCAUUCUACUUCCUGCUGUUCCUGCUUUAUCAUGCUAACUCUAUUACAAACAUACUCACAACAAAGAACAUCUAAUCUCUGAUAUAAAGAAUGAAAAUUCACCCUCCCUGUAUCCCAAAACAUUUUUCAAUCACAUCCACUCAGCAUGUGAGAUUUCAGUCAAAAAGCACUUUACAGGUUCACUGGAUGUACCAAAAGUUUCAACUUUAUUUAGUGGUUUAAAAUAUAGUUCAGUAAGGAAGCAUGUGUUUUGACUUGUAUGUUUUCAUUCACACUCCAAACCCAAUGCUGUGUGGAGUCUUACUACAUAAUGACUACUAGAUAGCACCCGUGAGACUUUCAUUAAAUGACAUUAUAUCUGCAGCCAGUCUAACUACAUUUAACAGGCUGAACGAAGGUUGUUUACACCUGUUAUGAGCAUCCAUCUCAGGUGAUCAAUCACAAGCGGUGAGCUGAUAUAGAUCUGCAUUUUCAUAUGGUGGAAAAAUGUAAGAGAACACACAAUAAAUAUCACACUGUUGUUUUGUUAUAAUCAUUAUAAUCUGACGACAAAAAUUAUAUUGUGUUAUCUUGUCAUGUUAAUAUACUGUAAGAAGUACUAAAGAUUAUGUGAAGCUUUACUAUUGUUUAUCAAUAUCAUUUAUUUAUUCUAUUGUUGGUUGUUUUCUUUUAAAACUGUACAUAGCCGGCAAAGUUUAAAACUUCAAUUAUUUAAACACAAAAUUGUGUUGUUUGACAGCUGAGUAUUUACACUCCUACAAAUGAUUAACACUCUAAAACACUCUUUUUGCAUAUACAGUAAAUGUAAGGUUAAAUACUCCUUCACACACUGUACUAGACUAAUGGCUGGUCUUCAUUUCACUGAUGUGCUGAUAAUGGUAAAAGACCCACCGCAUCACAUCCAUCCACUGCUUCAGAUACAAUGUCAGUACUCCCUUUAUUGAGUGCACUGGUGUUUGUUCAAACCCUUUUAAUGGAGGUUUAUAUUCUCAGUCUGUUUCCUAGUUUCGUUUAGCAGCUGUCUUGAAUUUAUAUCUAAGCCUGUCUGCUAGUCCAGUUUGCUGUAUAAUCCACUUCACAUCUUUCUGGCACCCAGACUUAGUUGUGUAAUGCAGAUAUGAAGACUAAAUGAAGGCACAAGAUCAGUUAAGAUGUAAAUGUUAAAUAUAGCACACCUAACCAAUGGCCUUAAUGAUGCAGAUUCUGAAGCAUUCCCAAAGUUUUACAUACAGCUACUGUAGACUAUAGUCAUAUUUGUAAUGUUGUGGUAUUUAAUAUUAUUAUUCAAUCAAAGAUGAAAAUGAUUAUAAAGCUGAGAUCUUGUUUUAAAGAAAUUUCAAAGCACCUCUUUUUUGGCCUGUCCUCUUUCUACAGCUUCUGUAUAUCAGGUUGUGUUUGCUCACUUGCACUGUCAUCUCUUUCAAAAAACACCGCUUAUUAAGAAAUUUCCUCUUUGUUGUGUCACUAAACAUAUACCUCUGUUUUGUGUCUUUGUAACAUUCUGUUAUGAGAUUGUAUUAUGUGAUGAAUAAAUGUUUUGA